AUGCCUGAUUCGCAAGACAACCUCUCGGAGAUACGCAAGGACAAGAUUGAGACAGCGCACGAGAAUGAAACUCUCUUGAAGCCAACUUCGUCGGCCAUGAAGCGCAAGGCUUCUGAGAUGGAGUCCCAGGAUAAUUUGCAAGAUGCCCAAAAGCCUGAUCUGGUGUACCCGGCAUCUCAGGAGCCCGAACUCGACGAAAUUUCCCAAUCCCAGGUAGUAUCCGCUAUUACCUCGGCGCUUUUGGAGGCUGGCGAAAAAUCUGAACUCGAGCCCCCCACAAAGAGACUCAAGCCCUCUCCUGCUCCUCCCAAGAACCUGGCACGCUAUACUGCCACUGCCGUUGUUAGUGCUCUACUCGGAGGGCUGGGGACCAUUGCUUUACUGGCGGCUCUCCCAGCAGAAUACUUCCAGUAG